GCUCUUUGGGCUUGCCCCACUUUCCGCUUGGACCGUCACAUCCUGUGCUAAUUUUUCCAUUCCCUGCUUUUUGUCCGCUGCCGUAUGUCUUUGUAGGUCGCAUACCGGCUGAUGUCACGGAGUAACCGCUUCUACGAGCCUUUCUACCACUCUCAGUGAAACUUUACAACGUUAUUUGUUUACAUUUGUACCUUCAAACUGCUUUUAUUUUAAUGUCUACCCAACGCUUCUGUGGCUCUUUCAGUUUAGAUCUUUGGGCAGGUGACAGCUUUGGUUUAUGUUUUACUGAGCUAUACUUAUUUUUCCCUAUGAGUUUUGUGUACUUAUUACUCUCCAUCGUCUACUGCUUUAUAUAUAGAAGGUCAGCUGCUUUUGAAGCUUUUCCCCUUUAUGUAUUUUGGAUCCGUAUAUCGUUGGUACUAUUAAUUCUGGGAAUCAGUUGUGGGGGAGUCAUUGCUAGUUUUCUCCUCCUUUUAACCGAUAGUGCAUUGUCGUUUAACGCUCGAUUCGAGAUAGUCCACAGUGCCACCACUAUGCUUUUAUGGAUAUCGGUGUUUUUUCAUGACUACUUUCACGGCAAAUGCCUCCGUUACUCUUCAAGGGGCUCUGCUCUUCAUCUUUGUAUGUCUAUUUUGUACUACUACGUCACAGUUAUUUUGCUGUGGUCGACGUUCCAUCAGGUUUCGGGACCUUUAAAAUGGUUUUCUGUCACUCUUCGAGCAGUCCACGUUACCCUCGUCACUUUACACCUUCUUUCAAAAACUCCAAUAAUGUUCAACUCUGAGGAACCAAGAAGGCGGCGUGCUCGUCUCACCCGAUUCGCAGUUCCCCACCAAUACUCCCUAUCUACCACAGUUGCUCCACAUGACGAUCAUUCGUCAUCAGGAUUUCGGCGAUCCGAUUCUGCAAACUCAUUGUUAUCUGACUUGCCUACAACUGUUGCAGAAGCCGGGCCUACGUGCUUUUCUAAGGCCCUCUUCCUUUGGAUGAACAAAAUUGUAUCCUCUGGUUACUAUGGAGAACUAUCUGACAUUUCGAACCUUCCUGCUUUACCCGAACGUCUGGACAUACCUGGCUUAGAAAGUCGACUUCCUGCAAACCCUUUUCUGCCACCUGCGGUAGAAGGUUCACCAGCUUUAACUAGCCAAGGCACUCUACCAUUCUUUCGAUGCAGCUUCACAUAUUUUGGCAAGGAGUUUCUCCUUUUAGGUCUGGCGAAGCUCACAUUCAGCAUAUUCAAUUUGCUUUCGCCUGUUUUUCUUAAUUACUUUAUUCUUAGUUUGUCUACUGACCGGUUCUCUUUUUUGAGCCUUUUGUGGGGUGGCAUGCUUAUCCUUUUGUCAUUCAUAUCAACGAUUGCGGCAACAACUUAUGAUUACCGCAUGUCUACGUUUGGUUAUAAAAUCCGCGUGGCUACCUGUGGCCUUGUUUACCGUCGCAUUUUGUCAACAAAGUUCGCAUUAUUGAAUUCUCUCGGAACUGGAUCUAUCCUCAAUUACCUAACCAGUGAUGUAGAUAGAAUCGUCAACUUCGCUCCCAGUGUGCACGAAGCGUGGGCCAUGCCCCUUCAAGUUGUUCUAGCUCUGAUACUCCUUUACCGUCAACUGGGUGUCUCUUGCUUUGUCGGUGUAGGAUUUCUUAUUGUUCUUCUCCCAUUUAACCGCUUUCUUGCUUAUCAAAUUGGGAAGUAUUCCAAAAGGCUUAUGCACUUUAAGGAUGCUCGAAUCAAGCUUAUGUCAGAGGUGCUUCCCAAUAUGGCUACAGUCAAGCUUACCUGCUGGGAAAAACUAGUGCACUCCAGAAUAUCAACUCCGCGAUCACAAGAACUGCGUGCUCUUUGGGGACAAAAACUUUUGGAUGCAAUAUGUGUAUUCUCUUGGGCAGUGUGUCCGGCACUUUUGGCCGGUUCCACUUUUGCGACUUACGUGACGUUGGGAAACAACUUGUCUGCUUCGGUGGUUUUUACCAGCCUUGCCUUGUUUGGUAUGCUGAUUGGACCGAUGAAUGCCCUACCAUGGGUGUUAAACGGCGUCAUGGAAGCUGUCAUAUCGAUACAACGAAUUUCCUCCUUGCUCACUCUUCCGUCGGAUGAAUAUCCACCAGACAACCCUGCAAAACGUCUCGAUUCGAUUUGUUUCACCAACCAAUCGCUGUUUCCUACUAUGCUUGAUCCACCUCCUGUCGACCUACACAAUGCCCGUUUCUUUUGGUCCGACCCGGAAAAACCCGUCCUCUCGGAUGUGUCCCUUUGCGUUCAGAAGGGUCAACUAGUCGGCGUUCUCGGACCAGUGGGAUCAGGAAAAUCUGCUCUGCUUUUGGCUGUACUGGGUGAACUACAAGUGGUCAGGCAAGAAAUUAAUGACUCUGCUUCUCUAUCUACGCUACAGCAUAACUCUCGGGAACUGAAGUUUGCUUAUGUGGGCCAACCACCUUGGUUGUGUUCCGGUACCAUCCGGGAGAACAUAACUUUCGGAUCUCCUUACGACGCCGACUGGAUGAGCCGGGUAGUAUUCGCUUGUGCACUUGAGCCGGAUUUACGCAGUUUCUCAAACGGGCUCGAUUCCGACGUUGGAGAGGCUGGCGGCAGUCGACUGAGUGGUGGCCAGCGCGCUCGCGUAGCUUUGGCACGGGCAGUUUAUCAGAAAGCCGAUGUCUACCUGUUUGACGAUCCUCUAUCUGCAGUGGACGUUCACGUCGCGGAGCAUAUCAUCCAGCAUUGUUUUGUGGGUUUGUUGUCCGGCACUACUCGAAUCAUCACUUCGCAUCAAGCGGCUUGGCUCAUUGAUGGCUCUGGACCCUCAUUGCCUGCUGACAUCAUUUUGGAGCUAGAAGAUGGACGGAUCGUUAACCGUUAUUCUCCUCUCUACAAGCCGAGUGAGCAGAGUUCGCAAGAAAUUGAAGCCGCUGCAACUGCCUCUGCUGUAAUUGACAAGGUUUCACAGGCUGUACCCGAAGAGGAUUCUCUCAGACUGCCAACCUCAGCCGUGUCACUUCCUGUGUGCAUCGUCGAGGGAGAGGGCGAGGCUGUUGAUCGUGAGAGAAUGGCUUUCGGGUCGAUCAGCUCCCACACCUAUUGGUCCUAUGUCCGCGCAAUGGGUUAUUGCCUCGCCUUAAGCACUGUGCUGUCGCUAAUUCUAAUGCAAGGUAGCCGUAAUGCUGCUGACUGGUGGCUGGCACGGUGGGUUCAACUGACAUCUCCCUCUCGUUCACUAAAAAUGAGCUUCUCCAACAUCACCAUGGUUCAACUGGAUCCUCUGGUUUUGUCAAGCGUGGUUCAUUCACUCGUGGCUCCAUGUUUCUCUCCAUGGGCGAAUCUGACACCAGCGGAAUCUACGACAUCGAAUUCAUUUUACCUCUAUGUCUACAGCGGUAUCAUUGGCGGUCACGUUGUAGCUGCCACAUUUCGCUCCAUAUUGUUUGCCCUGAGUGGGUUGGCGGCUGCAGCUACAGUCCAUCGGCGAGCGCUGGAGACCAUUACUCGAGCCCGCUUGUCCUACUUCGAUUACACUCCACAGGGGCGUAUUUUGAAUCGCUUCUCUUCGGACGUGGGCACGGUGGACUUCUCACUUCCUUUCGUGUUGAAUAUACUCCUGGCCAACGUUGCUGCAUUAAUUGGAGUGAUCAUCAUUUCCUGUAUAGCUUUACCUUUUUUAAUUUUCCUCCUAUUGCCGCUAACUUUCGUUUUCUGGUCCGUUCAAAAUCUCUACCGAGGAGCCGCGCGCGAUUUGAAACGCAUAUCCAGUGUCAGCCGGUCUCCUGUGUAUAGUCUAUUUUCGGACACUUUAUCUGGUCUCACCGUUAUAAGAGGUCUUCGCCAAGAGUCACGUUUCCGCCAACUUUUCACUACUUACAUCGGAAAUCAAGUACGAGCUGAUCUAGCGAGUUUGGCUGCUGGUUCGUGGCUGGGCGUUCGUUUGCAGCUACUCGCCACUGGGGUCGUUGCAGGCGUGGUCUGUCUUGGGCUCGUCGGCCGAGUUCUAAAAUGGACCGAGAUUGCCACCGCUGCUCUCUCAGCGUCCUAUGCUUUGAGUAUAGCCAACCUGAUGACCGGGACGGUUUAUAUUACCACAGAAACAGAAAAGGAUUUGAUCGCAUUGGAACGUUGCCAGGAGAUUGCUGACGAUACGCCCAUCGAAUCGGAGACUGUGGCGAUCACUGUUACGGCACCUAGACCUCCCAAUCGUAGACGGGAAUCUCGCCUAUCACACUCGUCACGGGACACUGGUCACCCGGCAGGCGCGCUUCCCCAUUGGCCCUCACACGGCCGCAUCGAAUUCCACGAUGUUUCGCUGUCAUAUAAGCGCUUCACUCAAUCUGGUACUAUCGGGACUGUUGAAGCUCUGAGGGGGGUGACGUUCACUAUCGAAAGUGGACAACGGCUAGGGAUCGUUGGACGCACGGGUUCCGGAAAGAGCAGCCUUUUGAAAGUGUUGUUUCGUUUGGUUGAUCAUUUUCCUGGCCCGGUCACUAAUCGACAAAUGGCCGAUCGGUUUGGUUUCAUUGGGGCCAGUGGCCAGGUCUUUGUUGGUGAUGUUGACAUUCGCACAGUGCCUCUGCCUGUUUUGCGUUCUCGGAUGUUGGCCAUUGGCCAAGAAUCGUUCUUGUUCUCCGGAUGUCUUCGUACCAAUUUGGACCCUGAUGGCAUCCUGGACGAUGUCACACUUAUUGACGUGUUACUCAAAUGCCGCUUGGCCUCCACCUCCUCGGAGGCCGCAGACUGGUUAUCGCGCGAUGUUGGCGAAGCUGGCCGCAAUCUAUCGGCUGGACAACGCCAGCUAGUCUGCAUAGCCCGAGCCCUACUUCGAAGCCCCCGUCCCAACAUCGUGUGCGUCGAUGAAGCAACAGCUGCAAUGGAUCCGAAUUCCGAAAAAGCCAUACACGACAUCUUGGAUCGUGAAUUUCAAGGUGCAACUCUAAUGCUCAUUGCACACCGUCUUUCAUCUAUUCGUCGUUUAUGUGACCAAGUAAUCGUGAUGCACAACGGCCAAAUUGUUGCCCAAGGAUAUCCGGACCAACUGCUAUCAAACGAUCGGAUAGUGUUGAAUGUCGAAGAAGAUGCGCCGGUCAGCCAGCUUAACCUCAUAGAUUUAUGACGUGCUCACCUACUACUCCUAAUUUUCGUCCUUGGCCCACUAAUCCUCACAACAAACUCGGUGAUUCCAUUUGAACAAUUGAAUACAAUGGUUCGUCUUUUGCGAUAGUGUAAAUAUAGACGUUUAAAGCGGACAUUGAUUUCCGUG